GGCAGCGCGGGCACCAUGCGGAGGCCCCUAGGAUAUGAAGAGUAAGCCCUAACUGUGAAGACCCAGGCGUAGAUGGAAGGCCGCCCACUGAAACAGCUCGUGAAUUUGGUGCUUGCUGCGUGCCAAGUCCCAGCUGAGCCUGGCUUCUGUGAUCGUCUCCAGUACUUCUCAUCUCAUCCCUAUACAUGAGGUGCCGGCAUCGAUAAACGUGGAGACACACAGCGGGGUGACUUGCACAAGAGUGUUGGGGUGAAGAUAACUCGGGUAGAACGUCAUGACAUGAAUACCCUCAGCCUGCCCCUGAACAUCCGCCGGGGAGGGUCAGACACCAACCUCAACUUUGAUGUCCCAGAUGGCAUCCUGGACUUCCACAAGGUCAAACUCAGCGCAGACAGCCUGAAACAGAAAAUCCUGAAGGUGACCGAGCAGAUAAAAAUCGAGCAGACAUCCCGCGAUGGGAACGUGGCGGAGUACCUGAAGCUGGUCAACAGCGCGGACAAGCAGCAGGCUGGACGCAUCAAGCAGGUCUUCGAGAAGAAGAACCAGAAGUCCGCUCACCUGAUCGCCCAGCUGCAGAAGAAGCUCGAGCAGUACCACAGGAAGCUCAAGGAGCUCGAGCAGAAUGGAGCCUCCCGAAGCUCCCGGGACAUUUCCAAAGACAACCUGAAGGACAUCCACCACUCUCUGAAAGAGGCCCACGUCAAGUCCCGAACCGCCCCCCACUGCAUGGAGAGCAGCAAGUCGAGCAUGCCAGGGGUGUCCCUCACUCCCCCCGUGUUCGUCUUCAAUAAGUCCCGAGAGUUUGCCAACUUGAUCCGGAAUAAAUUUGGCAGUGCCGACAACAUUGCUCACUUAAAAAAUUCUCUAGAGGAGUUCAGGCCCGAGGCCAGCCCCAGGGCGUACGGGGGCAGUGCCACCAUUGUGAACAAACCCAAGUACGGCAGUGAUGACGAGUGCUCUAGCGGCACGUCAGGCUCGGCUGACAGCAACGGGAACCAGUCAUUUGGGGCUGGUGGGUCCAGCACCCUGGACAGCCAGGGGAAACUCACCAUAAUCCUGGAGGAACUGAGAGACAUGAAGGACACACAGGUCCAGCUGGCCGAAGCCAUCGAGGCGCUGAAGGUGCAGUUUAAGAGAGAAUAUGGUUUCAUUUCUCAGACCCUGCAAGAGGAGAGAUACAGGUACGAGCGCCUUGAAGACCAGCUGCAUGACCUGACAGACCUCCACCAGCACGAGACCGCCAACCUGAAGCAGGAGCUGGCCAGCGCCGAGGAGAAGGUGGCCUACCAGGCCUACGAGCGCUCCCGGGACAUCCAGGAAGCCUUGGAAUCCUGCCAGACCCGCAUUUCGAAGCUGGAGCUGCACCAGCAGGAGCAGCAGACCCUGCAGACAGACGCCGUGAACGCCAAGGUGCUGCUGGGCAAGUGCAUCAACGUGGUCUUGGCCUUCAUGACCGUCAUCCUGGUGUGCGUGUCCACGCUCGCCAAGUUCGUCUCGCCCAUGAUGAAGAGCCGCUUCCACAUCCUUGGCACCUUCUUCGCUGUGACUCUGCUCGCGAUAUUCUGCAAAAACUGGGACCAUAUUCUGUGUGCCAUAGAGAGGAUAAUAAUACCGAGAUGAAGCCGCUCGUUUCUGCCUUCAUGUCCUCUCCAGUUUUUAUUUUGAAGAAAACUUCUGUGCAUACAUAGUACCAAAUUUUGUAGCGAACGAUUGUGCCAAAGAUGGCAGGAAGGACUGGAGCGGUGUGGUGUAAAUAAUUACAACUCUCUUAACUCGGUAGCAGUUGCCAACCCAAUCCCAGUUAACAAAACAGAGCUCUCCUCACAUUGCUCACUGCCUUAAUCACAGCAGAUUCCUGCCCACCUGGCCAGCCCAACUUAGCCAGGCCCUUGUGCGUUGAGCACUUGGCAUAAUGAGUGACCCAGGAGAAAGGAGCCUCCCUCUCCCUUUCCCUUGAGUCUUUAUCACAAUGGAAUCUCACAGUUGUCAAGGGCUGUGUUCUCCCUGAGUUCCAUGAACAAGUAAUGUGACUCAGGGAAGUGGGCAUGCACAGUUGUUGGCAGUGUCGAGCCUUCGGGGCCUGUGAAUGUCUGUGUCAUCCUUCCCCCUUGUCCACAGAUGACCACAUGUCCCGCUUUGCGCCCCGUGCUCACAGUGGUCAAUUGUAUGUGAUCCUGUAACCUGGAAGUCUAAUGCCUGCUUAUCCAACAACCAUAGUAAGGCACUAGGAUUUACAAAUGGGCCUUCUUCUUAUUCCCAGGGAACCACACUCCCGAUCGCAUCUUAACUGAUUAGCAAAUGCCCAGCCUCAGAGGCGUGUACUCUGACCAGCCUUAGCUGUGGCAAGUCCCUCCGAGGAUGAGCGGCACGUUUUCUGACUCACGUUACUCCCAGGUCUAGGAAGAUCAGGUGGGAAGGCUUACUCAGAGUUGUUCGUGUUGCCGGGUUGUUUUUCGAAGAACAACAGAAACGUAGUUUACAAAGCUCAGGUGCACUGAGGUAGGACCCCGGAGGCACAAGGAGGUGUGGUGUUUGCUCUGAUCGGACGGUGACUGGAUUAGUGGGACCCAUUCAUGCGGAUGGAAAUUGGUAAGGUUCACCUGGGGACGGGAAAGGGCAGCAAGAAUAAAAUAAAUCCAGUGCAGUGUUGGCACCAGAGUUGCCAUGUCUCUUGGGGUUGCACUGAGGCAAGUUCUGAGGUGACAGGAUGAACACACUGCCGUGAAGCAGACAGCAUGCAAGAGUCGCCAUCUUUGCCUAUUUGGGGAUUGCCACACUGUCGCGGCCAGGUGACGACUGUCCUUUGAAAUCUGUUUCUCCUGUGUGCACACCGGAAGGAGCACGGAGAAGGCUGUAAUGGAAACUGCCAUUCGGCCCCUGCUCCUCCCACACCACCGUCUCCCGACCAGUAGUUUGGAGAUGCUUUAAGGGUUUUCUCCCACAAGACACCACACCUCCUAGAUUUAGGUGCAAUCAUUUGCAAACCGCUGUUCUUAGGGAAAUCUUCUGGAAAAAUAAUGUGACUGCGUGCCAUGAUUUGAAAUGGAGGGGCUAAGCUUUUAGAUCAAGUCUCGUGGAUAUGAGUGAGGCUCGCACAACUCCAGCCUUCUUUUUUAUAUGUAUAAUUCAGUUGUUUCCUAACUUCGUAAACUGUUCAACCAUAUUACUCCUAGCCAAUUCCAGUUGCAAAUGCUUUUUUUUUAAAAAAAAAUAAUAAAUGAAUAAACGUCACUUUGUGAAAUGAAAAUGUUUUUUAAUCUGGGGCAAGAGAGAUCCCAGCCCCACUUCUAUCAAAAGGCUGUGUCCCUUUUCUUUGAUAGACGCCCCCCGUGGCCUUCCAAGGUGACUGUAUACACUGUGAUCAAUCAAGUCCAGGAGACAGAUAAGGGCUCCAGGUCUAAGUAAGGGAGCAGUAUACUUCAUUUUGCUCUUGUAGUUUAAUGACCAGCCUGCUCCUUCACCCGUGGGCUCCACGCUCCAUCAGCUUACACCCUUAGGCAAGCUGAGCCCUGAAGGGCUCCCAUCAUUAUUUAUGAAUCAUUCCCGGUGUCACUUGGGACAUGCAGUAGCCUGGGGUGGCUGUGGAUACUGUCGGUGUUUCCGAGGGCAUGAGUGAGAUUGCCAGUCCUUGCUGCUUAGGCUCUCAAAAGACCCAGGAAGACAUGGGCCUACUCUCAUGGCACCAUGCACCCUCCCAACACAUGACCUAGCAGGAUUGGCACCUCUCAGACCUGUGGUCAGACCAGUCUGAUACACCAGUGAGAGAGUAGGAAAGAGUCUGAGAAAGCAGCUCCCUGUACACCCUUUACUCUGAGCUGUAUUAACAGAAUCUAGAGGCUGGCUCCAUUCCCAAAUAAUGGGGUGGGACAUCCAAAUAUCCCACCUGAUCACGGGUUCCGUUGAAAGAAUUCAUAUUUCUAUCGACUCCCAUUCAGUGGCACGUCACGUUGUUUCACUUAGAUACAGUCAGCCAACCCGGAAUAGUUAUUUCUUCCUAUGGAAAGUUCAUCAAGCUUUCUGUUUGUUAAUAAGAUGCUACACUUUAGGGAACCCUCAUAGCUUGUCUUUCUCUUGAAGAAUAUACCUCCUGCCGCUGCUUGUUCCCUUGAGUGUGUGACUUUUUCAUUGAUGAAAUGAAAUGUUACAAAUGCACAAUUAAAAUAGUGAAAUAGCUGUGACAUAUCCUGGAAUUGGAUAUUGAUUAGCAUUCAAGUGUUGUGUACUUCCCGUUGCCAUGUCUUGUGCAUACUUAGUGAUGAAAGCCAGUUGUUGGAUGGGUAAGCCCCUGCUUACUCGGGAACAUUAAUGAGGGAUUUAAGACACUGGAUCUGGUGGAUCUUUGAUGACAUGAUCAAGAUCAAUCACAUGAUAAUCAGUUUUUUUGGGGGGGGACAGAACGAAAGUCUUUAAAAUACUAUCUUCUGUGAGUUUUGAAAUGCUCUUCUUUAGCUCAUGUUUUGUGCAUGAUUAAAACCUCCUUUCCUUCCCCCGCCCUCCAAACCAGGGGGAAAAACGUAAAAACCACUCACAGUGAAGGGACAACGGGAAGCUCCCGCUGAUUUUGGCGAGUGAACACGGGGUGCAUCCUCUCAAGUUCCUGGCACGAAUACUAGUGGUUUUGCCCCCCCAUGAUUCCCCCUUUUAAUUUCAGUCCCUGAUGCUCUCCCUGUUCUGUCAACUAGCAUAGCAUUCAGGCCACGGUAGCACUUGUGCCUUGCCACUCUUGUUUUCAUUUCAACCUUGUCCCCUGUGUGUAUUUACCGGCUUGCCACUUCUCUAGCAUCAGGUUUAAUUGCAGGCUGGAACAAGGUAGGAGCUAGUUUCCCUCAGGCAACUAAUUACUUUUGUCCUUUCGGAUUGAAUUUUAAAUACCAAGUUAUUUUGCAUUGGAUAGGAACUUUUUUUCUUAUUGAAUUGAGGUGUAAUUGUAUUUGGUUUGGAAAAACAGAUAUGCUUAUUACUCUGGACAUGUGUGGUCAAACAACCUAUUUUGCAUGUUUCUGUAAUUCGGAGUGUGGGCUGGCGUAUACAUCCACAGCAGUAUUUAAAGGUCAGAGUUACUCUGGAAAAUGUUUCAAAAAGGUUAGACGCUCACUUCAGGAGAGCGUGGGUUUAUAAAGACAAAUCACAGAAAAGAAUGUUUUUUGGCCCAUUUACAAAAGCAGUUUAAAAAGUCAUUAACAAGGGGCUUGGUAACCCAUUAGACAUAAAGCAGGAACUCGCCUAUAAUUUCCUGAAGUCAGUGCAAUUCUCUGCUUGUGAGAAGCUGGAAAGUGAUGUAUCUUGAUUGUUUCAGCAAUGACUUAGGUGUUGCUGUUCUAAUUUAUUUAAAGCAUGUCUUCUGUGUUUGUCCUAAAGGAAACGUCUCCCCAAAUGCGCUCCACGUUUACGAUGCACCAAGUCAGUAGGUAGCAGCUGUAAACGUAGAAACCGGAAAUGCUGAUUGUGACAUCUGUUGCAAAAGUCCCAUUUUGUGAAAUGCUAUGUAGUUUUAUAUCUGCCUAAAAUUGUAGUUUUUCUCUGUAUAUCUUCCCCAUGGUGAUGUCAAUGAAUUCAAAGCAGGUGCCAUUCUUUUUUAAACACUUGAUGUUAGCUUUGGUGUUAAAUAAAAGAGUUAAGUUUCUUAAAUUUU